UAUGAGUCUCCGUUGUGGUAGCUGGUUGGUUGGUUGGUAACCAUAGAGCUACAUGUAGCAGCGGUGGAUGGUGUCAGGAAUGUCAGCAAUGCAACGUAUCUUGCACCUGGUGUCACGUCUGAAGUAUGCACAACGUACACGCAAAAGAAAGAAAAUAGUUUUUAUGUCCACUUUUAUGACACACUACAUACUUCAUUCUGUGACUCCUUCACCUCCCUCUCUCUCCCUUUCUCUCCCUCUCUCUCCCUUUCUCUCCCUCUCUCUCCCUUUCUCUCCCUCUCUCUCCCUCUCUCUCCUCUCUCCAUCAGACUCCGUCUCCUAAGUGUCACCAUGUCAGCCUAUCCACCCUCCUCUGCACCGGGCUACCCUCCGGUACAGAACCCUGUCUACCCGGUGCAGGGAGCUCAGGCCUACUCUCAUCCACAGCAGACUCAGGCUUACCCCCAACCUCCGCCAUACAUGUAUCAACCACCGGUCCAGGCUCCUCCUGUCCAGUCGACGGUGGUGGUAACUCAGCCAGUGGUCACUGUCAACACUCAGACAUUCAGAGACUACCCUGUCACUGUCACCGACAGCAACGGACAACAGGUCCAAACAGUGCUGCAGUACAAGGCGGGACUUCUGACCUACCUCGUGGCAGCUCUGAUUUGCCUGUUUCUGUCUGAGAUUGGUCUCUGCUGGUUGGCAAUCAUUCCGUUCUUCAUCCGAGAACUCAAAGACGUGUAUCAUAUCACCCCGACCGACGGGAGAGUCGUGGGCAUUUAUAAAAGACUUUCAUGAUGUAAUAUAGCAACAACUGCAUUUUUGUAAUUAACAUACUCAGUAUAAGCAGCAGUGUAGCAUCAAUAGCAUUUUUGUAAUUAACAUACUCAGUAUAAGCAGCAGUGUAGCAACAACUGCAUUUUUGUAAUUAACAUACUCAGUAUAAGCAGCAGUGUAGCAACAACUGCAUUUUUGUAAUUAACAUACUCAGUAUAAGCAGCAGUGUAUCAAGCCAUCAUUCUGACCGGAAAAUGCAUGUCUAUGUUUUAUGCAUCUUUUAUGUUCGGUCUGUUUAUUUUUGUAAGGUAUGUUUUUUUGGGACG